GUCGGGAUGGGGAGGAGCGUGCAGGAUGUCAUCUCUGGUGCUCUCUGCGACUGGCGGGGCAGAGGUGUCAGUGGAACACAGGAGCAUGAAACACCACACUGCUGCCCAUUGUCUGGUUCCUGUGACCUAAAAGCUUGAUGGUAAAUGAAGAUCUACGUUUUCUGCUAACAGGUACCAUGAAUGUGGACCGAGAAGAUGGGAAAUGUUAUGCGAGGUGCUGUCGCCUUUGUCCCCUCCGAGAGAUGUCAACGUUUCUUAGUAGGCGACUUGAAGGAGAUGCCCCUCGAUCGUACUCUAGACCUGAGUAGCCGACAGUUACGUCGCCUUCCCGUCAGAGCUUCUGCCUUCGAUGAACUGGUCAAACUCUACCUGAGUGACAACCACCUGAGCAACCUGCCGCCAGAACUGCGAAACUUGCGGAAGCUCCAGCUUCUAGCCUUGGACUUCAACUGUUUCGAGGAACUUCCUUUGGUCAUCUGCAGCCUUGUUCAGCUAAACAUCCUCUACCUUGGUAAUAACCGACUGUUCAGGCUGCCGAAAGAAUUGGGGCAACUCACCGAGCUUAAAACCUUGUGGCUGGAGACCAACUGCUUCAUCAAGUUCCCUCGGGUAAUAUGUGAGCUUCCCAACAUCAAGACCCUGCAUUUGGGGUACAAUCAGCUACGUAGCUUACCGGCUGAGCUCGAGCGACUGGAGGAGCUUCGCAGCAUCUGGUUAGCGGGGAACUUGCUGAAUGAUUUCCCUCCUGUGCUGCUGAAGAUGCACUACUUGGAGGUGAUCGAUGUGGACCGCAAUCACAUUCGCCAGUUUCCGUCGCUCGCCUGCUUGAGAGGUUUGAAGCUCGUCAUCUACGACCACAAUCCUUGCGUUAAUGCGCCAGCAGUGGCCGAGGGUGUGAGACGGGUAGGCCGCUGGGCCGACAGCUCUGAUGAUGAGGAGGAUGAAGGUGAAGGAAAGGUUGCAAAAGCCAGUGUGACGGUGCAGGGAUCACUGGAAGAGAACGAGUGAAGAAGAUCAAUGAGGAUCUGUAGAUCAAGCAGCUACAAAGAGCUUGAUGAUACUGAUGAUUUUUUGAAUUCUUUGCUCUACAAAUGUAGUAUCUUUUAUAUUUUUAAUAAUAUAUAUAUAGUAUAUUGUUUUAUAGUACAUUUUUGAAGUAGAAUAAAAAAUAAGUUUGAAUUAAAUAUUGCAAUUAAUAUAAUUAAUCAUAUUCAUAAUAAACCAUUAGAAGUUUUAGCACAUAGACUAGAUAUUAGAAUUAAAAUGUUUAUGUUUAAGAAUUAAAAUCUGAAAUAUUUAUAGUAAUUUACACAUAUUUUUUCUGCGUAUUUGUAACACAGAUGCUUAUGUAAUUAAAGAGAACAAAUUUUCUUUAUAUGAAGUGCACCAAAUUUCUUUCUUUCUUAUUGUGACAUUGUUUAUGGUACUCCAUUUCAAUGAUUUUUAGUGUUGGCAUGAAAAUAUUUUCAGAUCUCAGUCAGGGAUUUGUUAAUUCAAUCAGUUUUCCAUGUCUGUUGAGUGAAUCUGUUCGGUGAGGUUGGCCGUGUCAGUGAUAAAUGGUGGAAUUCUAACAAUGUGCCCCUGUUCAUAAAUAAUGCAGGUUUCCUGUAACAGAUUUGGGUCUCCAUUUUGAUGUAAGACUCUUAAUAGGUUUUAAUCAUACUCUAGUGCUCCUGCUUUGUAAUAUGAAGUAAUAUGAAGUAAUAUGAAGACACUGUUCACUGAAUUCACAGGUUCAAAAUGCGUGAACAAGUCAACGAAGGAUGAUAAACAAUUAUAAGCAAUCGAAUUUUGCUUAAAAUUAUGCACACUUUACUAGCAUAUUUACAAAAUAGAA